AUGAAUCUUGAAUCGUCAUCACCUUCCGUUACACGUAGUCGUGAACGUUUACAUGUACCUCGAAUACGUUCACAUAGUCUAGCACCCAAACAUUCAAAAUAUGAUUAUAAUCGUCGACGUUCAGAGGUAGAACAAUCAACGGUAAUAGUUCAAAAAAAGUUAUUAGAUGGUAAUAAACCAUCACCACAACAACAACAACAACAACAGCAACAAAAAAAUGUACCAACAUGGUUUCGCCGACGUUUUACAUUAUUUUCAGUUGAUUCAAAUCAUCUUCAAAAUAGUGGUAGUAGAUUAUCAAAUUAUAGUAAACAAAAUAGUUUUUCAUUUGAUAAUGAUCAAAUAUUAGAAAAGUAUAAUCAACAACGACGACCAAGUAAAAUAAUGAGUCUUGUAGAGUCUUUUGUUCGAAAAUUUUCAUUGAGAAAGAAGAAGUCAGAUCCAGAUGAAGAUGCAGAGUAUGUCGAUCCGGUUUAUGAAACUUUAAAAUUAGCUGCUGAAACACGAAAAAUGACAUUAUCAAAUUAUUUACAACAACGACAACAAACAUUAAAUAAACAAACAUCAUUAAAUUCUCAAGGUUCAUCUGAACAUCCAUCACCAAAAAAUUCACGAAAUUCUAGUCGAACAGAAAUGGAUAUUGUAUCUACAACGACAAAAAAUGUCACAACAUCAUCAUCAGGUAUGAACGACGAUAUUCUACCAGGAUUACUAUCAUCUUCUUCCUAUAAAAAUACAAAUGCUAACAGAAUUUUACCUCAAAGAGAAAAUGUUGCCAUAAGACAUCAUUUAACAAGACAAUUAUCAUUACAAACACCCCAUAAUAGAAGAGGAGACAGGGAUACACAAACUUUAUCUGAAACACCAUCUCCUACGCCAAGCCUUGUUAAGAUAGAUAAAAUAAUUAGUAAUAUAAAACAAGAAUUUUGA